UUUUGGUUUGUUUGGCAGAUAUGUUGAUGAUGUGAUCAAUCGCAUUGAUAGGAUGUUCCCUGAAAUGUCCAUCCAGCUAUCCCGGCCAAAUGGGACCUCGGCGAUGCUUCUGGUUACCUUAGGAAAGGUGUUAAAAGUGAUAGUGGUGAUGCGGAGCCUCUUCAUUGACCGGACAAUAGUAAAAGGGUACAAUGAAAAUGUCUAUACUGAAGAUGGCAAGCUUGACAUAUGGUCUAAAUCCAACUAUCAAGUUUUUCAGAAGGUGACAGACCAUGCCACCACUGCUCUGUUGCACUACCAGCUGCCUCAAAUGCCGGAUGUAGUGGUCAGAUCUUUCAUGACCUGGUUAAGAAGUUACAUAAAGCUGUUCCAGGCUCCCUGCCAGCGCUGCGGAAAGUUUCUGCAGGAUGGCCUGCCACCCACGUGGAGGGAUUUCCGAACACUUGAAGCUUUUCAUGACACUUGCAGGCAAUAGUGGCCAUUGGUGAUGCAAGGAGUGAGUGCUCUGUGGGGCUCGGAUGAGACCCGGUGGUUUAAGAGCUGGUUCCCUUCCUGAACCUUUCACCCUGUACCAAUAGUCAGGUUGCACUUAAUACCUUUGACUGCAGGGUACCUGUGAGACUGCUGCAUUUGGAAGAAGGUGGUAAGAAGCUGUGUGUGAUCAUUUUGUUCCAGAGCUGGAAUAAUGCAUCUGGGGAGAUCUAACAGUAAUAAUCAUUAUUCUAAACAUUAAUGAAAUUACCAGUGUACAGUUUGUGUUUUGUGACAGAAUUUGCAAAGUUGAAGACUUUUAUAAGCUUGAAAUAAAUUUUGUAUUCCAGAA